CCUUUUCUUCCCAUCUCUAUCCCCAUCACAGCUCUCUUUCUCACAUUCUCAUACUCAUAAUACCCAUCUCCUGUCAUCAUCAUUUCUCACUUAUCUGUGCUCAUUCUUAAACCUCACUUUUUUUAUUACUUGAAGGCUCAUCUCUCCUUCCAGCUUAUACCCACAUCUACUCGCGUUGAAACUAUAGUUCGCUAGCCAUCUCUUGAAUUGCACAUUACCUCCUUCAUAUUAGUUCCAUCUAAUUUUUUACUCACUUUCAUCUCCUUUGAUUCCUUUUAAUAUCUCUUUUCGUUUGAAGGACUCAAACCAAAACAGAAAGAAGAAAAAAAAUAAAAAAAAUAAAAAAAAAUAAAAAAAAAAUAAAAAGAGAGAGAGAGAGAGAGAGACAGAUCAUGAACGCUGUGCGGGCACCGUCAAGGAAUUCAAACACCAGCGACACCAGCUCCACCCAAUCACAAUCGAAUGCUCAUGCACAUUCAAAUUCAAUAAUACAGCCAAGGAAGGCGAAAGUGGCCUCAAUGGCCCAAAUAGACAUUUCUUCCCUGUCACUUUCUGCGAACAUCUCAACUCCAGUUUUGCCUCCACACUCUCGUACGACCACUCGACAACAACAACAGCAGCAACAGCAGCAACAGUCUCGUUCUAAGGUACAUUCGUCUAGCUCUGUAUCAAAUACCCAUCCACUGAAAAAUAAUAACAACAGCAGCAAUAGUAAUCAAGUUCACGUCCGAGCCAAUAAGGGCGAAAACAGCAAUAACACUCUUGGGAUUAAUGGUGGUCAUAAUGUUGUCAGACGGAUGGUUUCUGCGUCAGCUAGUUUAGGCAUUGGAGUAGGAGCAGGACGACCAGGAAGCAUAAUACGUCGAGGGGGCUCUGUCACGUCUUCAGAUGACGGUACAGUCUCAGAGGACUCUGUUGAAGACUAUAUCCAACUCUUUUCAGGAGCUGGAGCUGCAGGAGGUGGCCUCCAUGUGACUAGUUUACCGUUCACAUCUGCUCGGCAGCAAAGAACAGAACCUAAACCCAUUAGUGGCCCAAAAUUUACGUCUGAUGGUGCAGGAAGAAUGAAAACCCCAACAGUGCCAACUGGAGGACCAUCCGUCAGACCAAUACGAAUAGCAGCAGGGGCUUCCAUCAGAAUUGAUACUGACUCUUCCACUUCUUCAUCAUCAGGACAUACACCAAUACCAUAUUUCCUCUCAGGAUCACAACCACUGAACGUGACAGGGACAGGCGCAAGCAUAGGUGGGCAUACAAGUAUUGAGGGAGGAAAUGGAGGGUCAGCUGUAGGGUUGUUGUCCACUUCUGUCUCUUCCUCAACCUCCUCAUCUUCUUCAUCUCUGUCAUGGGUCAGCAGCCCGUCAUCCAAAAGGAAUAGUGGGAGUGGUGUAAAUGGUAGUGUCGGAUCCCCUUCCUCUUCUAUUCCUACUGACGAUUCAGGAUAUGGGACUUCAAAUCUUUCCAUCUCUUCGCCCACUACGACUUCAUUUCCUUUUAAUGCUCCCCAGCCUACUCUUCGUGCUAUCAAAUCUGCUAGUAGCGGUCUGUCAACAGCCGCGACUGCCGCUGCAGCAGCAAAGCAAGCAGAGGAAAAUCGCCAGUCAGAAGAAGCUGCCCGUAUACGUCGAAAGGUUGCAGAUCUUGAGAUCUCGAAUACAUCGCUACUACAGAUCAACCAAACAUUAGAGGCUACGGUUCGUAAACAGGCUGCCAAGCUUCAAGAGCUCGAAAUGCGAAUACAGUCAACGCAGUUUGGUGGCGACUUGAGUAUGUUGGCGGCAACAGAUAUUGCACAGGACUCCAAUAUUAGUCCAGACAAUGCUAGUGUGACGACGAUGGCGACGGCGAUGGCGAUGACAACGUCGACGACGACAACGCCGACGCCAAAGCCAACGACGAGACCAACGUCAUUAGUAGACCCUGAGGCUGCUAUCAUAAUUCAUGAGAUGACAGAGGCAGACCGACAGGCCGAUUUGACAUUCAAACGAGUCUGUAUGGCGAUCGAUCAGAUGAUUUUUGAAGCUAAGCAGGCUCUUGACCAAUCUAUGAAGCCUGCAGGAAUGAAGGUCUUGUCAUCGUUCGAAAUGUACGAAGAUGAUUUGGAUGCUGCAGAACAAUCCUUUGUGGACAAUGAGGAUGACGAUGAUUAUGGGUAUGAUGAUGAAGACGAUGACUUUAGGAUGGCCAACUUGUCUGUACAAGAUGGUAACGAUAGUGAUAUUGAUUGAUAGUCUUUUCCAAGAUCAUUUUUACUGUGCUGUAUGUAUAUAAACAAAGAAAAUCAAGUUUUACUCUCCCCUGUCCACAUUUUUCAUUAUUCAUGCAAAAAUAAAAUAAAAAACUAGCAUCCUUCUCCAC